UGAUCGAAAUCGCCUGCCGCUGGCCUCAAAUCCCCAGUUUCAACCACUUUCAACCAAGCUGGGGCAUACUUCAAAUCUUAAAUUAAAAUGAAAUACAUUUUAAAUGAUUAGUGAGAUAUGGAUUCCUGAACAAGGAAGAGAUGCCACACCUGUCACUGUUUGUCAUUGCUAGUGGCAAAAUUGCACGAUCCUUCCGACCUGUGCACUCCACACAAAAAUAUUUGAGCAAUCAAUAUUUGUAGAAAAUGAACUAGCGGUAUCCUCUUUUUAUCUUAAAUAUUUACAUGCAGCCAUCCAGUAUACUUCAAAAGAAAAAAAAAGAUCUGGAAACUAACUCUGCACAAUGAAUUCCAUCCAUAGUCAAAUCUUACUCUGAAGAACAUGGAGAGCAAACUAUGGUAUUCGCAUGAAAUAAAUUGAAAGAGCUGAAACGUUGGUAUUGAGGACUCGUAUGUUAAGCUCCAAAUUAACAUACUGACUGUACCAACAAUGACAACACUCGCGUGCCUCCGUUGCCUUGCUCCAAACAUAACAAUGCAUUUAAUGGUGGGAAUGCGCUCACGAACUGUGGAACAGUGCACCAACUAAAUAUAGAUGGAGACAUUUGGAUGUUGACUCUCUCUAGUUUGCACAAUUUGGAGACAUUUGGAGACAUUUGGAGAAGUAAAUGUGUCCACAUAAGCAGUCAAACUCGAUGGCUAACAAACACAACUUAUUAUAUCUUCUCCCUUAUCUUCAUCUUUCAAUAUUAUCUUCUCUUGAGCUUGAGCCAUUCUUUCCCGCUACCAAAUCAAACGGCUGGCCACUGGCAUGUAUCCAACCUCACUGCUCUCCAUCUUGGUCUCACUGUUGCUCUUCCAUCAACGCAUUUAUGCCAUAUGCGAGCCAGUGGCGUGCGAGAACUUCACCAUCAAGUACCUGUUCUGUCUUGGCUCGCCCAGCCGCUCCACACAAAAAAAUAAACUAAUCAAGAUUUUGAGGUCAACAGAAAAUUGACAAUUCUACGAUGGUGAUACUUUGACAAAUUUCUGAUUACGUUCCUUCUCAUCUCUCAUCUAGUUUGCGCACCUUUUUUUUGUGAAGAAAAGGGAUCUUCUCCUCUAGUUUGCACAAUUGUAAUACACGCCACUAUUGUGCAAGAUGAUGGAUCCAUUUCAUGCCCCUGCAGCUGCCAUGUUCUGCUAAGUCAUGCUUCUGCUCACCCUCCUAUCUAGCACAACCACCGAUGCUUCGUUCUCGUUCUGCGAGCCAGCCGCAUGUGGUGGCCUCCAGGUCGCGUGCCCCUUCUGGCUCGGCAGCACACAUCCACCUGAGUGCGGCUACCGGGCCUUCCGGGUCACCUGCGAUGACACCAGGAAGGCUUUCCUCAAGAACUCAUUCUGGAACUACCAGAUCCUGGAUAUCUCCUACAAAGACUGUUCGUUCCGGGUCAGCAACAUCGAACUCUACGAUGGCACCUGCAAUGUCGAGCUCCGCCUUGGCCUCACGCCCUUCGGCAUCAGCACCGCCAACCAGGAGCUCUUCUUUCUCUACAACUGCACCGCCCUGCACACGCAGCCGCCGCUGCCUACAUGGGCGCGCAUGAACUGCAUGGAUGGAUCCAGAGUGCCGACGUUCCACUCAUUCCCGUGGCUCGCCGGCGGGUACAAGCCUGAUGACAAAUGGAGUCCGGUGAUGAUGCCGGUGCUGGGGUACGAGGAUGCGACGGGGGCAGACUACAACCGGCUGAUGAAGGGCGGGUUUCUUCUCAACUACACGCUGGGUGAUUGUACGGCUUGCGAGGGGAGUGGAGGGCUUUGCUGGGUUAAUACAACCUGCAACAUCUUCAAGUGCCACUGCUCCGACUCCGACCGCGUGUCUCCGUCCACCAUCUGCAGUGAGCUUCACACGUAUAUUAGUGACAGUGAGUUGGACCUAUGUAAAAGAGGUGCAUCGUUGAGUUUGACCUAUGGGAAGAUCAUGCGGUUCUGCUUCCUACCAGGACUUCUAUGUUGCUUGUCUUAACCGCAGUCAUCCAAGUCCAACUCUACGAAGCUCUAUAGUCUUCAACAUCGGCUUUGAAAUCCUCAGCAUCUCUUACGACAAACGCAGCUUGUAUGCGGUUGAUCUGGAAAAGCUGGAUUUAUGGCAUGCCCGCAACAGCUGCCAUGUACCGAUCUGGAACACCUCAGUCAAACUGAACGGCCC